AUGAAACCACAAAAGAACCUAAAGAAGGCCGUCAGCCUCCUGGCAGGCCUUACCUUCGAGUCCGGUGCCACGCUGUUCGACGCACCCGUCGACACCUACCAGGCCCUCGUCUCGCAUACCGCCCGAGACCUCGCCCCCGAACAAGCCCGCAAUAACAUCGAGAACAUCAUGGCCAACCUUCUGAAGGUCUGCAUGCAGUAUGAAGAUGUCUACCGACGCAUCCGUGGUGAUGAUGCAUUCUGGCUCCUCAUCCUCUCGGCCUGGAACGCCAAUCAUCUGAUGCAGCCCGUUCAUAUUCAACAAGUCAUCUCCCUCUUCGUCGGUGCUCGACGACGAUUCAAUGCCGAUGCCCAGCCGUCCCAGAAUGUCAGCACUCUCUUGACAACCAUCCUCGACCGCUACAUUGCCAUGGUCGACGAUGUGCCGAGCAAUGCCAACAUCACCCAGCGACUUUCCGGUAUCACCCUUGGCGCGCUCAUCUGGCCCGAGGCAUUCUACAGCCCGAUCGAUGUCGCCGUCCUGGGCGAGGGAACCAUCCGCACGAAGCUAUUCGGCAUCAGUCCUGGACGCUCUGCCCGAGAGGACGACCUGAUCUACCCCCACCGACCAGCGGACGCAGACUGCUCCCUGUACCUUGCCCCUGUCGCGUCCAUCGACCACGAGGCGCGAAACCACUGGCACAAGCCCACCGGAUACAAGUCUCGAUUCUACGCGACCGUCGACGAGUUCCUCACCUAUGCUCGUGAUGAGUUCCACAAGACCGGUGCAGCCGCCAAGAGCCAUGUCGUCGGCCUCCUCAACCCCUGGUUCUUCGAGAAGGACGCCCUCACCGCUGAGGCAGCGCGCCGCAAUGACGCCAUUCCCAAUGUCUGGAAGAAGACUGCCUUCCGUGCUGGAUUGAUGCUCGGUCUGAGCAAGCCCGGAAAGCCCACCUACCCGUACGCAGCCGAGCCCUCUACUCGACGCAACUUGCAGGACGCGUGGAUUCGACAGAUGGUAAAGCUGGUUGAAGCGCGCUUCAUGAUCGUGGAGUCAUGGACCGACGGCGCGGUUGACCGUGGUCAGGAUGGUGAGAAGCUGAAGGCAGAUAGCCAGGUCGGUGCCGAUUCCGUGGAGGCAUGA